AUGUACACAUAAAGGAUCACAUUUCAUCAUCCAGUAAGUUUUAUCUAAAAGAUGUACAGUGCAUUUGAAAAGUAUUCAGACCUUGACUUCUGACAUUUUGUUAAGUUUCAGCCUUAUUCUAAAAUGUAUUAAAUGUGUUUUUCCCUCAUUGAUCUACACACGCUACCCCUUAAUGACAAAGCAAAAACAGAGUUUUAGAAAUGCUUGCAAAUGUACUUAAAUGACACAUUUAUAUAAGUAUUCAGACCCUUUACUCAGUACUUUGUUGAAGCACCUUUGGCAGUGAUUUAAAGCUUCAAGUCUUCUUGGGUAUGAUGCUACAAGAUUGGCACACCUGUAUUAGGAGAGUUUCUCUCAUUCUUUGCAGAUCUUCUCAAGCUCUGUCAGGUUGGAUGGGGAGUGUCGCUGCACAGCUAUUUUCAAAUCAAACUUUGUCACAUGCGCCGAAUACAACAAGUGUAGACCUUACCGUGAAAUGCUUUACAAGCCCUUAACCAACAGUGCAGUCCAAGAAGAGUUAAGAAAAUAUUUAAGUAAACAGAAGUUUAAAAAUGAUAAAAAGGAACACCAUAACGAGGCUACAUACAGGUGGUACAGGUACUGAGUCUGUGUGCGGGGGUACAGGUCAGAGGUGAUUUGUACAUGUAGGUAGGGGGGAAGUAACUAUGAAGCUGUUAAGCAGCCUUUUGGUCCUAGACUUGGUGCUCCGGUACCGCUUGCUGUGCAGUAGCAGAGAAAACAGUCUAUGACUGGAGUCAAUGUUAUGGGCUUUCCUCUGACACCGCCUUUUAUAUAGGGCCUGGAUUCCAGGAAGCUUAGCCCCGGUGAUGUACUGGGCCGUACGCACUAUCCUCUGUAGCGCCUUACGGUCAGAUGACGAGCAGUUGCCAUACCAGGUAGUGAUUCAGCCGGUCAUGAUGCUCUUGAUGGUGCAGCUGUAGAACUUUUUGAGGAUCUGAGGACCCAUGCCAAAUCGUGCCCUCUUCAUGAUUGUUUUGGUGUGUUUGGACCAUGAUAGAUCGUUGGUGAUGUGGACACCAAGGAACUUGAAACUCUCGUAGGGAUGGUGCCAUUUUCAGGUCUCUCCAGAGCUGUUCGAUCAGGUUCAAGACCGGGCUCUGGCUGGGCCACUUAAGGACAUUCAGAGACGUGUCCCAAUGUCACCCCUGCGUUGUCUUGGCUGUGGUCUUAGGGUCGUUGUCCUGUUGGGAGGUGAACCUUCACCCCAGUCUUCAUCAAAGGUUCUCUACUUUGCUCUGUUCAUCUUUCUCUCGAUCCUGACUGGUAUCCCAGUCCCUUUCACUGAAAAACAUCCCCACAGCGUGAUGCUGCCACCACCAUGCUUCACCGUAGGGAUGGUGCCAGGUUUCCUCCAGACGUGACACUUGGCAUUCAGGCCAAAGAGUUUAAACUUGGUUUCAUCAAACCAGAGAAUGUUGUUUAUCAUGGUCUGAGAAUCCUUUAGGUCCCUUUUGGCAAAUUCCAAGCGGGCUGUCGUGCUUUUUACUGAGUGGCUUCCGUCUGGCCACUCUACCAUAAAGGCCUGAUUGGUGGUGCUGCACAGAUGGUUGUCCUUCUGGUAGUUUCUCCUAUCUCCACAGAGUAACUCUGGAGCUCUGUCAGAGUGACCAUCGGGUUCUUGGUUACCUCCCUGAUCAAGCUCCUUCUCACCCGAUUACUCAGUUUAGCCAGGCGGUCAGCUUUAGGAAGAGUCUUGUUGGUUCCAAACUUCUUCCAUUUAAGAAUGAUGGAGGCCACUGUGUUCUUGGGGACCUUCAAUGCUGCAUAAAUGUUUCGGUACCCUUCCCCAGAUCUGUGCCUCUACACCAUCCUGUCUCUGCGCUCUACGGACAAGUCCUUCAACCUUAUGGCCUGGUUUUUGCUCUGACAUUUACUGUCAACUGCGGGACCUUAUAUAGACAGGUGUGUGCCUUUCCAAAUCAUGUACAAUCAAUUUAAUUUAACACAGGUGGACUCCAAGUUGUAUAAACAUCUUAAGGGUGAUCAAUGGAAACAGGUUGCAACUGAGCUCAGUUUUGAGUCUCAAUGGAUCUGAAUAGUUAAGUAAUUAAUGUGUUUUUCAGGGGGUUUUGCAAAAAUGUCUAAACUGUUUUCGCUUUGUCAUUAUGUGGUAUUGUGUGUAGAUUGAGGAAAACAUUUAAUUUAAUCGAUUUUAGAAUAGGGCUGCAACAGUAAUAAAAUGUGGAAAAAGUGAAGAGAAAGUCUGAAUACUGAAUGCACUGUAUAUUAGGAUAUGCACUUGCUGUUGAAAUACUUGAUUCCAUGCCUGUUAUAUUAUAGUGACAUGAAUAGUGCUUUCUGAGUUGUUACUGAGAGGUUUAAUAAGAACAGGCGCCAUAUAUCUACGUUGUGGUUUUUCGACAAGCGCCAGACACCUGUGAGAAUCCUUACAUCAGUUGAUCGAGGAUUCCCUGUGUCAUGUAAACGUCUUCCCACCGUGAAAUGGUUGCCAAUCAACUUCACACGGACACCCUGGAUUGUGGUCAUGUCAUUAUACUGUAGCUAAACAAGAGCUGUUGCUGAAGCUGCGCGCUCGGUGCCUUGGUUUGGAGCGCUUGGAAACCAACCACUGUAGACCGUGGACCAAUCAGGGAGCAAUAAGCGGGACAAGCCGCUUGGCCUCGUGAACAGUCGUUGUUACUUAUUCAACCGGCAAACUGCCUCACUACAAUGCUUGGGAACAAAAUAUGCUACAAUGCUCAAACCAUUGCGGACGUGGAUUAAAGGGAUCGCUUCACUCAUUCGAAGACUUUUGAGUUUUUACACAUAAUGCCUUAUAUUAAGUUUUUGUUUUUACUUUUUUGCUUGAUACUUAUCGGGGAAUGCCGAAAGCACAAAAGUAGGAAAAGGCGGUGGUCCGGGGCGGUGGAAUCUUACAAGCAUGGCGCUCCCCUGACUGGAAAAAGGAUGGUUGAUAACACCAAAUCUCGCAAGUUGAAGACAGACAACCUGCUGCGAGUGGAUGACCAUGAUUUCACCAUGAGACCAGCCUUUGCAGGCCCUGCUGUCCCUGUAGGGGUGGAUGUUCAGGUGGAGAGUUUGGACAGUAUAUCAGAGGUGGACAUGGACUUCACCAUGACCCUGUAUCUGAGGCACUACUGGAAAGAUGAGAGGCUGUCCUUUCCCAGCACCACCAAUAAGAGCAUGACGUUCGACGGGCGCCUGGUCAAGAAGAUCUGGGUGCCUGAUGUGUUCUUCGUCCACUCCAAGAGGUCGUUCAUUCAUGACACCACCACUGAGAACAUCAUGCUCAGGGUGUUCCCAGACGGACACGUGCUCUACAGCCUCAGGGUGACGGUUACUGCUGCCUGUAACAUGGACUUCAGUCGUUUCCCUCUGGAUUCACAGACCUGCACCUUAGAGCUGGAGAGCUAUGCUUACACGGACGAGGACCUCAUGCUGUAUUGGAAGAGUGGGGAUGAGUCCCUGAGCACGGAUGACAGAAUCUCCCUGUCUCAGUUCCUCAUCCAGAAGUUUCACACUACCUCCAGACUGGCUUUCUACAGCAGCACAGGCUGGUACAACCGUCUGUACAUCAACUUCACCCUGCGACGCCACAUCUUCUUCUUCCUGCUCCAGACCUACUUCCCUGCGACUCUGAUGGUCAUGUUGUCCUGGGUGUCGUUUUGGAUCGACCGCCGGGCCGUACCGGCCAGGGUCUCAUUAGGUAUCACCACGGUGCUCACCAUGUCCACCAUCAUCACUGGAGUCAACGCCUCCAUGCCCAGGGUUUCCUACAUCAAAGCUGUGGACAUUUACCUCUGGGUCAGUUUUGUGUUUGUGUUCCUAUCGGUGCUGGAGUAUGCUGCCGUCAACUAUCUGACAACGUUGAGGGACGGGAAAGAUCGGAAGCUCAGGGAAAAGGCCAGAGAACAGUCCCUGGGUCUGGCGAGAGAACAGUCGCUCCCCUGCACAUGUGGCAUGUCCCACACCGGGACCAUGAUGGCGGACGGGACCUACAGCGAGUCCGACACCAACAGUCUAGCCGGGUACACCAGGGCCCCAGCUCCUGAGGACCCCCCGGAGAAGCAGGAACGCAUGGUGGUGCACAUCUCCUUGGACAACGAGUCCACGGCGGCAACCAAGAAGAAGACAGGCUUCCGCAGCUUCAGUUUCAUGCAGAACACCCACGCCAUUGACACCUACUCCCGCAUGAUCUUUCCUGGAUCCUACAUCAUUUUCAACCUCAUCUACUGGUCUGUGUACUGCUGAGGCUCUCCCGGACAGCCUUGUUAGAGUCAGCAGAGAGACAAUCUACUGAUGUUGCUGUAACAGAUGAGACAGGACUGUUAUUUAACUCUGACCGACAAAACUGAUUGACUCAAAGUGGUAAUGGCCUCCGUAAUGCACAUUGAGGUGAUGGAGUUCUUAUAACACCUGUGCUCACCAGCAGCACUCACAAAAGGUUUUCACAAAUCUCUAGAUGGAUAACACCAUUCUAUCCUCACCAUCAGCUACAACCAUGUUACUACUUGACUCAACUGUACAGCUUUCCUUUUUUUGCUAUAUAAACUAUUUGCGCAACCAUGCAGGUCCAAGCACAACUAUGAUGAAUUUUAUACUCAUGGCACUGUCUUAGCAGGAAAACUGUGUCUGUAUUACUGACAGUAUACGUACUUCUGAAAAUGGACUAAGCGUUGCCCAAGCUUGCCUCCUUAAGCAGAAAACAGAAAGCUUGAUCCAUAAUGUGAGGGUUUGACCUCUUAAAAUCGACUAUGUUGAUUUGGCAAGCAUCAGUUGCUCAUGAGAAAAUUGAAACACAGCCACAGACU